AUGGCGUUCCCGUCUGCCCCGCUCCUGUUCGUCUGCAUGCUCCUCUUGAUGGCGACGGAGGCAAAGGUGUCCGCCUCCGCGCCUGGUCAGGAUUUCCGCUCGAGCGAGCGGAACAUCGGCGGCGGAAGCGGCAGAGGUGCGCAUCGCCAGUUGCUGCAAAUCGGUGCGGUUACGCCCAUAUGCCCUCCCAAAGACACGAAGAACAACUCGGUAGCGCUACUGGCGUGUUUCUACUUAGUCCGGCUGAAUGCCACAUACUUUAGCAAUUCGUACGCCUCUUGUACCUACAAUGAAACCGGUGCCCGAGUGCCGAAGGAUUCGCAAGUGGACGAUGCAAAGCUUCUCCCAUGUCCAGGAAGCACACCCGUCCCCUAUUCGUGCCCUGGCGUGGAAUCGGUUGGGUUUCGCCCCGCCACGACAUUCCUCAGAUUUCAUUGCCUCUACAAUACUCCAGCCGGGCUCCCUCGGGGUCAGGCCGUCCUGAGCGUAAUCGCUCCAGGAAGCUGCAUCUACGAGCCAACUGGCGCAGUCAUCAAGUUCAUCGCCAAUCUCAACUGUACUGAUUGUCUCUUCGGGUAUCACUGCGCGCCCGACUGCGGCGGGGUUCCGCCCCCCCCAAGCGUCACGGGGAAUCGCACCGGAGUCUGCGUGCCCAACUGUGGCACCUUGCCGGGUUCGAAAGGCUGUUAG